CAGCAACUACAAGUAAUUCGGUUUAAAACUGGAUUAAGAAAUACCGUUUGGGACACGAUGCGUGACCGAGGAUGGAAAGAAACCGAUAGUGAGUUGGACUGGGAUUUCUUUUGGGCAGAUGUGCAUUGGGUACAUGAAACGUUUGAUCAUAUCUAUCUCCACGAAAACCAAAAGAUAAACCACUUUCGCAAUCACUACGAGCUCACCCGCAAAGAUCUUUUGGUCAAAAAUGUCAAACGCAUGAUUAAAACUAUUGAAAAAGAGUAUGGAAAAGCCGAGUCACUUAAAUUCGAAUUCAUAUCCACAUCAUAUGUGCUGCCGCAAGAACACGCCUUAUUUCAGGAAGAGUUUAAAAGAAACAGUGGUGGGGUUUGGAUUAUGAAACCAGUAGGAAAAGCUCAGGGCAAAGGUAUUUUUUUGAUUAAUAAGCUGAGUCAGAUUUCUGGAUGGAAAAAAGAUCCACGAUUGAAAGGUGCUAGUAGUGGGGGUAAUGGUGAAGAUGGUGAAGGACCUGAAGCGUACAUUGUCCAACGGUAUAUCGAAAACCCAUACUUGAUUGGAGGUAAAAAGUUUGACAUUCGUGCAUAUGUGCUAGUGCUAUCAUACUAUCCAUUAGUGGUAUAUAUCCACCGUAACGGAUUCUGUCGAUUCUCCAAUACACAAUUUUCAAUGCAGGCUAAAGACAUAUCCAACAUGUAUAUUCACGCAACAAAUGUUGCAAUUCAAAAACAGUCGCCAAAUUACGACGGAGAUAAGGGGUGCAAGUGGCUUUUGCGCAAUCUCAAAAUGUUUAUGAUUACCAAACAUGGUAAUGCUGCAGUGGACGAACUGUUUACUGAGAUGGAAGCAUUGAUUGUGCGCAGUUUAAUGAGCGUACAAAAGGUUAUGAUCAAUGAUAAGCAUUGCUUUGAGCUAUACGGAUACGACAUUCUUAUCGACAGUAGCCUCAAGCCGUGGCUAUUGGAAGUGAAUGCAUCCCCGUCCCUUACUGCCGAAACGCAGUUUGACUAUGAUCUAAAGUGUGCGAUGUUGAACGAUUGUUUUAAUGUAGUCGAUCUCGAAAAACGGUAA